AUGACCUCUACAAUUGAAACCUUACAGAAUAAAUUGGAAGAAACAAAGAUGACUUGUGAAAAAGCCCUAGAAGAAAGGGAUCAAAACCAACACAGGAUUUCCAAGUUGGAGACUGAUCUAGAGGCAUUACAAAACUUUUGCAGUGAGCUGAGACUUAAACUAGAAGAUUAUGAGGUGAAAGAGGACAAGUUCAUUAAGAGAGAAGCUGAAGUUUCCCAAAUGAAAGAAGAUUCUCUCCUCUCAAGUUCCCAAAUGAAAUCUCUCUUUGAUAAGAUAAGUGGGAUUGAAGUACCUUUUCCUGAGUUUGAAUUAGAAAUCUUGGAGCCCAAUGAUCCUGCCCAUGUAAAUAAGCUCUUUUACAUAAUUGAUAGUGUUACUGGGUUGCAGCAUCGGAUGACCUUAUUAUCUCGUGACAAAGAGAAUCUUCAGUCAUCCAUCGAAAAACAGGUUGUUGAAAUUGAACAUCUGAAGGACGAAGUUGAAGAACGCAGUAGGGAUAAGGAAGACUCAGACAAGAUGAAGAAUGAAUUGUUUGAGCUGGUAUUAGGUUUGGAGAAUAUAAUUAAAAAGUUGGGAGGUGGUGAAUUUGUUGGCGAUCAGAAACCUGCUGGUGUGAUAGGAUUGUUGCCGGUACUAGAAAAGCUGGUUAUGGCCAUACUUCAGGAAUCUGAAAAUGUAAAAUCCAAAGCCCAAGAACUUGGCUCCAAGUUGCUUGGGUCCCAAAAGGUUGUGGAUGAAUUGUUGAGCAAGGUUAAAUUACUUGAAGAUUCUAAUCAAGGUAGGAUUGCUUCUCCAGAGGCUGUGCAGGAGGGAGGGAUCCUUGAAGUACCUUCCUUAUCUACACGGUCAGAGAUAUCAGAAAUUGAAGAUGUGGGACCUGUUGGAAAGAGAGCCAUUUCUCCUGCUCCAUCUGCUGCUCAUGUACGAACAUUACGAAAGGGGUCAAGCGACCAACUUGCAAUCAAUAUUGAUCCAGAAUCUGAUCGUUUGCUCAACAGUCAGGAAACUGAUGAAGAUAAAGGUCAUGUAUUCAAGUCUCUUAAUACAUCGGGUCUUAUUCCAAGACAAGGGAAGAUGGCUGCAGACCGAAUUGAUGGAAUUUGGGUUUCUGGUGGUCGAGCUUUGAUGAGUCGUCCAAGGGCAAGGCUAGGCCUCAUCGUCUACUGGCUUUUCUUGCAUAUAUGGCUACUUGGCACUGUUUUGUAGCAAGACUAUCUUCACUCCCCCAAUACCAUACUAACUU